AUGCAUCGUCCAAACAUCCUCUUGUUUUGCCUUUUGACCUUCUUCUUCUUGGGCAUUCGGGCCACUCCUCUGAAUCUAACACUUCCUUAUCAACACCCUAACCCCGAGGCUGUUGUUGAAGAAGUACAAAGGAGAUUAAAUGUAUCGAUACAUCGAAGACAAUUAUUGCUGGACACAGCAGCAGGAAGCAAUAAUUGUCUCACUGGAAACCCAAUAGACGAUUGCUGGAAGUGCGAUCCAAACUGGUUCAAUGACCGGCAACGUCUGGCAGGCUGCGGCAUUGGGUUUGGCCGGUUGGCAUUCGGUGGCAAAGGCGGUCAAUAUUACACGGUCACAAGUUCCUCGGAUGACGACCCAGUGAACCCGAUUCCUGGCACUCUAAGACACGCAGCCUUACAAACCGAACCCUUAUGGAUUGUAUUUGCAUCAAACAUGCUCAUCAAACUCAAACACGAACUCCUUGUCAAUAGUUAUAAAACGCUCGAUGGCCGUGGGGUGAAGGUUGAGAUAACCGGUGGAGGUUGUAUCACGGUUCAGAACGUAACAAACGUGAUCAUCCAUAAUAUUCGUGUUUAUGAUUGUGUACCAGUUGGGAACGCGGAUAUACGCUCAAGUCCAACGCAGGUUGGACGUCGAGGGUUAUCUGAUGGUGAUGCGAUUUCGAUAAAAGGGUCAACAAAUAUAUGGGUUGAUCAUUGUUCAUUGGCUCAUUGUACGGAUGGUUUGAUAGAUGCAACUUUGGGCUCAACUGCUAUUACUAUUUCAAAUAAUUACUUUACUGAUCAUAAUGAAGUUAUGCUUAUGGGACAUGAUGACGCGUACUUGGCAGAUAAAGGAAUGCAGGCUACAUUUGCGUUUAAUCGUUUUGGGAGAGGUCUGGUACAACGAAUGCCGCGGUGUAGGCAUGGGUAUUUUCAUGUGGUAAACAAUGAUUACACGGAAUGGAAGAUGUAUGCAAUUGGUGGGAGUGCGAAUCCGACUAUCUAUAGUCAAGGUAAUCGGUUUGUUGCACCGGCAGACCCUAACGCAAAGCAGGUGACAAGGCGAGUGGACGCAGAUGAGAAGGUUUGGGCUGGAUGGAAUUGGAGGACGGAUGGAGACUUGAUGGAAAAUGGUGCCUUUUUUGUGCCCUCUGGUCAAAACGGAAACGACAUGUAUGCAAGUGUUGAUCCUAAGUCCGCCAACUUUGUCGAACAACUCACGACGAAUGCUGGUGUCUUCGAUGUGCGGAACAUGCCGUUUGGUGGUGUUCCAGUUACACCACCAGGAGGAGGUGGAGUUCCAGUUACACCACCAGGAGGAGGUGGGGUUCCAGUUACACCACCAGGAGGAGGUGGCGUUCCAGUUACACCACCCGGAGGAGGUGGCGUUCCAGUUACACCACCCGGAGGAGGUGGCGUUCCAGUUACACCACCAGGAGGAGGUGGGGUUCCAGUUACAAGACCAAGAGGAGGCGGUGUUCCAGUUACAAGACCAAGAAGAGGUGGUGAUCAUGCAGGUAUGAAUAUUAGUGGCGGCAACGAUACGGAUUUUGGAAUAAUGAUAUUUGGGAGCGGCGCAGUUGCAAGAUCACCGGCACCCACCACCAUCUUUUUGAGUUCGUUAAUUCUGUUCGUAAUUAGUUCGAAGCUGUCCAAAUUAUUUGAUUAUAUUGCUUGUUUCUAA